AUGGUUGAAACUCUCUCAUCAACGCCCCCGAAAGGGGGUGAAGAGCAUGUGGAGAAGCCAUCCCUCAACGAGAAGGCCGCAGUUUAUGAACAUGCAAAAUCCAAGCACCAUGACCCCAACUGGACGGGCGAAGGGUUGGACACCUCGCAUGUUGACCCCAAAAAGGUCCUGCGCAAAAUGGAUUUGCGCCUGAUCCCCAUGCUUGCAAUCCUAUACCUGCUCUCUUUCCUCGACCGAGGCAAUAUUGGCAACGCGAAAAUCCAGGGCAUGGAAACUGACUUGGAUCUUUCUGGAAACGAAUACAAUAUCUGCGCAACUGUUUUUUUCUUCACCUACUGUGCUUUUGAGAUACCCUCGAACUUGUUAUUGAAGCGUCUCAGGCCUUCCGUAUGGUUACCAUCUAUCAUGGUAGCAUGGGGCACGGUCAUGACCUUGAUGGGUCUCGUGCAAAGUUACCACGGCCUUCUCAUUGCUCGUAUCUUCCUCGGUGUCACUGAAGCAGGACUUUACCCUGGUGUUGCCUACUAUUUGACAAUGUGGUACUGCACCGAAGAUCUUGCUUUCCGCCAGAGUCUCUUCUUCAGCGCUGCAAGCGUGGCCGGUGCCUUUUCAGGUUUACUUGCGUACGCCAUCGCGAAGAUGGACGGAGUCGCCGGACAAGCAGGCUGGAGAUGGAUAUUCAUCCUAGAGGGCAUUGUGACUGUUGUCGUUGCCUGCGUUGCUUUCUUUCUCUUGUACGACUUCCCAGACACCGCAAGCUUCUUGAGUCCUGAGGAGAAGGCCUGGGUAGUUCACCGGCUGAAAUACCAAGGAAGCAAGAAGAGCGGAAGAGUGGUUGCUGAGACGCUCACUGAUUGGCAACUAUACCUGUCACUUUUUAUGUACUGGGGAAUCGUUUGUCCGCUUUACGGAAUAUCGUUCUUCCUUCCGACCAUCAUCAAGGAACUCGGCUACAAAUCGACAACGGCACAGCUUCUGACAAUUCCGAUCUAUAUCUCAGCCGCAAUCCUGGCCGUUAUCGUCGGGUGGGCAUCCGACAGAGCAACCAAGCGAGGCGCCUCACGCUGGCCCUAUAUUUUCCUCCCCAUGUGCGCCAUUCUGGUCGGUUUCAUCAUCGCCAUUGCUGGCUCUGCCGCGGGAGAUAUCCCUGGCGUGGUGUAUGCUGGUGUAUUUAUCGCCACAUGCGGAAUCUACCCUGCUUUCCCGGGCAACGUCACUUGGAUCGCAAACAACCUGGCAGGGAGCUACAAACGAAGUGCUGGAAUGGCUCUUCAAAUCGGUCUCGGCAACCUCGGAGGAGCCAUGGCAAGUAAUUUCUAUCGCAGCGUGGACGCACCGAAGUAUUUGCUUGGCCACGGCCUGGAAAUCAUGUUUGUCGUCUUGGGUCUGGCGGCCGUCAUCACACUGAGGAUCUCAUAUGGAAUGAUCAACAAGAAGAGGGAGCGCAGUGGAGCAGCCGAAGGUUACACGGACGAACAGCUUGCAGAUCUCGGCGACAAGAGCCCGUCGUUCAGAUACACACUUUAA